UUUUGAUGACCUAGUCUGAUUACAGCAUCUUUGACAGCUUUAAAGGAAUUUGCCCUGGGGAAGAAGACAGCUGCUGCCCUGAUGAGGGAUUUUUCUGAGCAGGCCUCCCAAGCCAGACAUGUCAGUGUGAGAUGCUGCCUACAUUUUUCAUCGUGACCAACAGGUUGUUAAACUACAAUCAAAAGCACUUAGUAGGAAUGGAACUGUCCCUGUCAUGAGAUUUGAACUCCUGACAUCUUUACCCACUGAAACUUGAGUGCCCAGGACACAGCAGAGAGGAGAUUUUGGAAGCAUUUCACAAGGCCUGCUGCUGUGAGCUGGUUUCAGCAUGAGGAAAAGCCCUCCAUCACCCCAAUGCACAGGAAAGAGAAGCCCUGGUACAAAGGACACAAACUCUUCUCUGCACUCCUUGUCCUCCGCGGCCGCUCCCGCCUGCGUGGUGCCGCUGCCGGCUCCGUCCCCGCUGCUCAGGGGUCUCCGGACGCUUUUCCCUGGUCCUUCUCAGUUUCUGGGCAAGAGGCUUUCCAUCCAAAGCUUCAUGUGGGAGGCUUCAUGUUGGCAUCCAGAGUACAUGUCCCAGAUAUGUCCAGCCUCACUUUCUGAUCCUAGUGCCAAAGAGCUGCAGCCAGAUGACAGCAGAUCUCCUCCUUCCAUACUGAGGAAAAGGCCACCUGUGGACCAAGCUGUGGGGGAAAAGCGGAGAGCGGAGCGAAGGGUUCGAUUUCGUGAGCCAGAAGAAGUCAUUGAACAUGUAAUUUCCUGCUGUGACUACGUAGUGGAUGACAGGACAUCAUCUGGACUGCCUGUGCUCCUGUGGCUCUUGUUUUGUGCAGUGCUGAUCCUUGCUGUGAGUCUCUACUACACCAGCAUGAAGCAAGAUGUCACAGUCCUGGAGGAAUUUCAAUCCCGACUUGUCAUCUUCUUUCUUCAUAUAAGACAUGUUGCUCAGAGGUGCUGGACUUGGUUUCUGAGGCAGUAGCAGUGUUCUCCAGCCUGACACUGCUAAGAAACAUCAGUGCAAAGCUCCCAGCCUACUGCAGCCACAUGCAAGGAACACAUGAGCAUCCACCUCAAAGAGCAAGGAAAUCACCCCUGCUGUGCACCAUCCAGCAAACGCUUGUUUUCCUUUUUCCUUCUUUGUUCUUUUCCUUUGUUUCACAUCAAUGAACAUUCACACUAAUGCUUUGAGGCCCCCCCAAACUCGUGCUCCAUCCACCCUGAACAGCAAACAAGUGUCUGGAUUUGGUUACCCGGAGUUUAUUAGCUGCUGAUAUGAGGAGCAAAAGCAGAGAGAGAAAUGCAUUGAUCUGUGCAGGCAGCAGCAAACUCAGAAUUCUUGUGACUCUCAGGUCAAGCCUUUAGAUACCAAACCAUCUUUCUCCUCAAGUCUCCUAAGAAUUAUUCUGCAAAGGUUAAAAUAAAGCUGAGCUAUUGCACAGACCCUGCUCUGCUGGCCAAAGGCUUGGCAAGCUGCUAUAUUUAUACUCUUGAAAUGAUUAUUAGUAAAAUCCCAAAAAAUGGC